AUGCCUACCGAAGCUGGCCACAGAUUAUAUGUGAAGGGUCGCCACCUGAGCUACCAGCGCGGCCGCCGGAACACCCACCCCCGGACCAGCCUCGUCAAGAUCGAGGGUGUCGAUGAUACCGCUGCUGCCAACUUCUACCUUGGCAAGAAGGUCGCAUAUGUCUACCGGGGCCAGAAGGAGAUUCGCGGAACCAAGAUCCGCGUUAUUUGGGGCAAGGUGACGAGACCACAUGGCAACUCGGGUGUAGUGCGCACGAAGUUCGCCACCCCCCUCCCCGCGAAGUCUUUUGGCGCGUCCGUUCGCAUCAUGCUCUAUCCCUCGUCGAUAUAA